AUGAGCUGGAGGUUCCUGCGGGACGUGCUGAGUGGAGUCAGUCAGUACUCCACAGGAGUUGGCAGGAUCUGGCUGGUUGUGCUGUUCAUGUUCCGCUUGCUGGUCUAUGUUGCAGCUGCAGAAAACAUCUGGAAGAACGAACACGAUGAGUUUGAGUGCAACACCAAGCAGCCUGGCUGUGAAAACGUCUGCUUUGACCAUUUCUUCCCUGUGUCCCACACCAGACUUUGGGCACUGCAGUUAAUCGUGGUCUCCACCCCUUCCCUCCUGGUGGUUUUCCAUGUGGUUUAUCGAGAGAACAGAGAGAAACGUCACAGCCUGAAGCUUUACAGGACCCCAGGGGACAUAGAUGGUGGUUUGCUGUGCACUUACCUGCUCAGCCUCGUUUUAAAAACAGGCCUGGAGGUAGUUUUUCUUGCUCUGUUUUACAAGCUGCACAAUGGAUUCCAAAUACCACAUCUUGUGCAAUGUGACAUCAGGCCAUGCCCCAGCACCGUGGACUGCUAUAUUUCCAAACCCACAGAGAAGAUGAUUUUCCUCCGUUUUCUGGUGGCAACUUCAUGCCUGUGCAUCCUAUUGAAUCUCAGUGAACUGAGUUACCUCAUUUUCAAGUAUGCCAUAAAACAUUCUCUGAAGAGACAGGUGAACAAAGGGGAAGGCUCAGGAGGAGAUUGCCACAGAGCAGAAGGCAUUGGCUGCCACAGAGCAGGAACUGCAGGACAAACCCACAACAGCUCCUCAUCUCUGGCACUGAAUGGCCAAGAGGAACACCACAAACAUUGA